GACAUUUUUUUGAGGGUGUGACUUUUUUUGUUUUGAGCACAAAAGGUAUGUGCAUGGAUCAAUGAACUAAGUAGACCAGACCCAGUUGAUAUUGCGCUGGUAUCUAUUGGCACCACCCCCUUACGAAGAUCGGAACUGACAAUGGUUUUCAAUGGUAAACGGCCUGAGUAACUUAUCUUCAUUUAUCCACCAUCUUUGGUAAAGAGACCAAUGAAAAUGGCGGCGACAGGGUCUGCCAGAUCCACUAGUGGAUUAGGGCAACAAUGCAAAGCCAGGCCCGCCGAUACAUUGAAUACUCGGACACAUUCACAGCUGCUGACCCUGGACGAAGCAAGGUGUCCGGUUUGUUCUGAGAUUUUAUUGGAGCCCGUAACUAUGCCAUGUAGCCACUCGGUGUGUCUGCACUGUUUCAAGCGGACUGUGGAAUUUACCAGUUUGUGCUGUCCCCUCUGCCGGCUGCGAGUAUCCAGCUGGGCCCGUAAACAGUCCCGGGAGAAAAGCCUAGUGAACAUCGAACUUUGGGAAAUUGUUCGAAAGAGUUAUCCACAACGAUGCAAGAGGAGAAUGGAGCAGAGAGACUGUGAGACUUGUGGAGAAGAGAUUUUCAGCUCGCCUGCUCAGGUAUCCAAAUCUGGAGAGAUCCGACUGGAGUAUGGAAAACAAGUAAAGUUACCAAUGAAUGAAGAGAAAGAGGAGGGGAGGAGGAAAGUCCUCCACAACAGAAAAGAGGAAUGUGGAACACUCAAGCACUUUCAAGAUCCUGUUAGUUUUAUCUUGUAACAAUCAUAUGAAUAGAUUGUUGAAUAGAUUGCUCCGAAUGGUAUGCCAACACAUUGAUAAAUAAACAUGAACAUGAUGCUGAGAUAAUACAGCCUUUUCUUCCAGUUCUUUGGGUUGCUGUCAGACUCGGAGAAUGAAGAACCUGUUGGGAAGAGAACCAGAAAUGUGUCUGCAUUUGUUAGAAGAACAAAGACCUCGGCAGACUUCACAAGAGAUGGUCUACAGACGAAUGUGGUGCAGAGAAGCUAGAGCUGUACUGAUACAGAGGAGGGAAGGCGAAAAAUGCGGGUGUCUACUCAUCUUCCUGGACUGGACAAGGCAAGUAUUGCUCUCAGCUACAAUGCAGGAAUCCUUCUGUCCUCUGAGAACAGCCAAUCUCUUUCGGCACCCAUAAUUGUCCAAGACAAGAGGCAUAGCUGGCGAGGCGUCAUCAUGGCUUCAUCAACACCUUUUAUGGUCCCCCAGUCGAAACAGGAGAGGUCCAUUAGCCCUGAGAGCAAUGACAGUAUCUCUGAGGAGCUGAAUCACUUCAAGCCAAUAGUGUGUUCGCCGUGCACCCCACCAAAGCGGCUACCUGACGGGCGAGUGAUGGAACCCACAAUUGUGAAGUCCACCCCACGGAACUUAUUCCGCAGCCUGGAGAGGCCCACCAGCUAUGAAGCCAGCCCUACUAUCCUCCAGGAAUGGAAGCAGAUAGAGGUGGACCGUCAGUCUGUCAAAGUGACCUCAAAGGGCACCUUGACCAGCCCCAUAAACAUGGACCUUGUUUUCAAACCAAGCCCCAUAGAGAAGGAUGGCAAGCCCUGCAGCUGCGCUCUAGCAGCUAAUAAGGGAAAAGAACACUUGGGUAGGUGUGCCAAGACUGAAGAGAAUGAAAUAACUUGUAUACAUAAUAAACAAAGAGUGAUAUUUUACCAGGCCAUUGGAGAGACGGCCCUCCAUCAAAAACAAUUCACAAAGUUUCAUACUCCAUUUGUACCUUUAAACAGUGAGGAUACUGUAACUGAGUGUGGGGUUUCUUCAGAGUCUGUGGUGAUACCUGUAUCACAUUGUGGACCAACUUCAAUUAAUCAAAAUCCGACCUUGAUUGAAGUCCCACACAAUAUAAAUGACAGUGUUAGGGGUUGCAAUAUUAAAUCAAAGGACUCAGAGGAUCAGAGAAAAUAUUUGGACAAUAGAAACGGUGCCCGGAACAAACCUACCUCAAGGAGGGGUAAGAAGAGGAGCCAGAAGACAAAACACCUGGAAGAGACCGAGUCUGGACUCAAGAGGCCAAGAUCCCAGAGCCAAUAUGGUUUCAAUAUAGAUUGUGCACAGGCUGACCUGUACAUUCAACAGGUACAGCAAGUGAGUGAGGAUAGAGAGCUAGCGUUGAAUCUUCAAAGACAGUUUGACAGGGAACAGCAACAAGUAGACAAGCAAAAGACCAGUUUUGACAAGUACUUUCUCCGGUCCUGCAGUGAAAACAGAAUCGAAUGCAAUCCACGUAGAUCAGGAAGAAUUUCCAAAAGGAAUGAGCACUUUUAUUGCAAUUAUUAAAUGGUUAUUCUUGUG